AUGGCCGAGCCCAGCAACAACAUCCUUGGUCUCCGUGCCCAGAUCAUCGGUGCAUCUCUCUUCAUCAUCACACUACUAUCUUCGACUGGCGAUCAGUGGUCAGCAAGGGCCAUGGAUGGUAACGAGUUGAUUGCUGGUGGAGAAAUCUGUUCUACCCCUGAGCUCGCCUUGCAAUCUUUGUUGGACGAGACGAGCAAGAUGAUCUGGACCAAGGUGAUGCCAAUGUAUGAGCCUUACUGA